AUGGCUUUGAAAGCAUUCAACAUCGACGACCUUUACAGCAGGUUCAAGCCACAAUUGCUCAUUGUUCUUGCACAAAUUGGCUAUGCUUUUCUUUACUUCAUCACUGAAGCUUCCUUCGAACAUGGGAUGAAUUCCUCAUGUCUACGUACAUCACUUACCGACACAUUAAAACAAAGACCAAAGUUGACGAUACCUCUUUUUGUUGAGAUAUUCGUUCUUUCUUUCCUGGGGGUUGGUUUGACACUGAACAUGUAUUUUGCAAGCCUGAGAUACACCUCUCCGACUUUUCUUGCAUCAAUGGUGAAUACGAUAGCUUCUUUGACCUUCAUAAUCGCAGUUGCAUCAAGGUUGGAAGACCUUGAUCUUGGAAAUCCUCGUGGAAUAGCAAAAGUUCUUGGAACUUAA